GAGGAAAUCCCAGCCAGAGACUGAAGUCCGUCGACCAUACACUUCAACGGUGCACUUCCUCAUACACGUGCACUUGCUGCUUCACUGCUAACAGUCAGACACAGUGCCUGCUUAAGCUGCGGAUGAGAACCUUUCAAGCCGGUAUUCACUGAUGAUGAAACGACAGUCACAGCAUUUGCACUAGAUCCAGCGGAUUAAUACAUUUCUGUCUUCCGCUCAAUCAAGAUGGACGAGACGUCACAGCAAGCGCAGGUGAGCCCAGCGCAGCAGCUGUCUUCAAACACAAGGAGGAGCUUCAGCUUUUCAUCUCUGCGUAUUAAAAAAAGGCACAACAGUUAUGAUGGGGGUGGAUUCACACAGCGGAGAGGGUUGCUGUCUUUUUCAUCAUUAAGAGGGGCAUCAAGAAAAGAGUCAGUCCCAGAUGAAGAUGGUGCUUCACAGCUGCACCGUACUCAGGACCAGGUGAAGAAGACAAGUAUGUCUGAAGGUGAGCAGCCCAAAGGUAACCUCAUCUCUGAUGUCACUGGGAAACACACCAUCCCAUCAAGUGAAGAUGAAGGCGGGCGACAAGGGGCCCUCAAGAGGUUUAGUGCCAUGUGGUCCUCCUUCCGCAGAGGCAAAAGGGAUAGAGUCCCUGAGCCUAUAGAGCCACCGGGCCCGGUGGUGGAAGACAACACAUCCAGGCAGCGGCGCUACGUCAGUGGUCAGUACUUCUUUGAGUAUCUGGUGGUGGUCAGUCUCAAGAAGGCUAAGGACAGCAGCAGCUACGAACCUCAGAUCACUUACCAGUUUCCGAAGAGAGAUGGGAUGGCGAGAUUUCAGAAGGAAGAGGAAGAGAAGACACUAAAGGCAAUCACUCUCUUCUGUUUCCCAGAGGGCAUCAGCUGGGCUCCAUUGACAGAAUACCACAGUGAGACCUUCUCCUUUGUUCUGACUGAGAUUGAUGGCAGCAGAAGAAAUGGAUACUGUAGGAGGUUACUGCCUGGAGGGAAAGGAGCUCGACCACCGGAGGCUUACUGUAUCAUCAGCACGCUGGCUUGUUUCGGCCUCUUCUCCAAGAUAUUUGACGAGGUGGAGAAGCGGCGGCAGAUCUCCAUGGCCAUGAUCUACCCAUUCAUGCAGAAGCUGAGGGAGGCUCCAUUCCCAGCUCCGGGAAACACUGUGGAGAUUAAGAGCUUCAUUCCUGAGUCGGGCACCGAGAUCAUCAGUCUGACCCGGCCGCUGGAUUCCUGGCUGGAACACGUGAACUUCGCCACGCUCUUCGGCUGCCUGAGCGACAAGGAGGUGUUACUGGUGUUUGCUGCCGCUGUCCUGGAGAGACGGAUCAUUUUCAUUGCUGAUGAACUAGGGACGUUAUCCCAAGUCAUUCAUGCAGUAGCAGCCCUCCUUUACCCUUUCACCUGGCAGCACACCUUCAUCUCCAUUGUUCCAGAGAUCCUGAUCGAUGUAGUGAUGGCACCCACCCCCUACCUGCUGGGAGUCCAGAAACGCCUGCUGGACCUGGUCACCGACCAGGGUGAUCUGCUGGUGGUCGACUUGUCUGAGGAUAGAAAGGAGACCUUCAUCGUGUCAAUCGGCGAUGAAAGCUCUAUUCUGCCCCCGAAGCUUGAAGCUGAAAUACUAGAGGCACUCAGCAACAGACAAAAUGCACCAUCGGUGGAGGAGCUGAACCGGGUGGUGUCAGAAGCCUUCCUGCAUUUCUUUGUGAGAACAGUCGGCCAUUAUGCCUCCUAUGUGAGAUACAGUCGCGCUGGAGAGCAGGGGGUGUUCGAAAAGAGAAGUUUCUACAAGGCCAUAGAAUCCAAGACCACUCGACACUUUGUCAAGCAGUUCAUCCAGACGCAGAUGUUUGACCUGUUUAUCCAGGAGGUGGAGCACCAGCAGCCUGGACCGCAGCAAGGAAUAUUUCACAAAAAGAUCCUUGAAUACCAAGAGAAGAAGAAAGGGGACAAGACAAAGAAACACUGGCUCUGAGCGUGGGACCCUGGGUGUAUAUACACGAGUACAUAGGAAAAGAUGUGAAUGUUGCACUGUGUGUUUUAUUUCCUGUGUCAGUUUGGUUUUAAAUAAUUCUGUACUAAUGUGUAAAUUACUGUAUGGCUGUAUGUUGCUGCUACUCUGUGAAACACUGGCAGAAUGAGAGACUACAGUUCCACAUGCUGGUUCUCAGCCUGUGGCCACGGUCUGUCGCUGAUGAGCAGGAAAAUCAUUUCAAAUAAAGACUACUUUUUUAACUCCA